AUGGCGUCUUUUUCUGAAGUAGUCACUGGUAAAACUCAAAACAAACAAACUGAAAACAAUCAAUCUGAGACACCUCAAAGAAAUAAUACCGGAAACUUUGUAAAACCCAUCUUUCUGAAAGACGAAGAUGUACAUGGCUCAGUAAAACCCCCAAGAACUCUUUGGCUCACAAAUGUAGAGAUAUACAAUGCCAUAGGUACCAAAGUCCCAGCAGAGUGUAUUAAAGGUAUUCAACGGAUCAGAGAAAUGUGGCGCCUUUAUAUGGACAACGAGGAGGACAGACUGUCUUUGUUAGUGACAGGGCUUAACCUGCGUGGCAGGCAGGUGCCCCUGUACUCGCAAAAUCCUCGCAAUCCUGGUAGGCUUCAAGAAAAUACUAUUCGUAUUAAGGUGAAGAAUGUCCCUCUGUCCGCUGACGAUGGACAAAUCCACAGAGCUCUAACCCUACAAGGGUGUGAUAUUCAAGACCUUUUCAGAGAAUAUCUGAGAGUCAACGGUGAAUUAACUGCUUGCCAGACUGGUGACAGAGUGGUUAUCAGCAAGGUACUAGACAAGACCAUACCAAGAAAUCUGCAGAUAGGCAAAUACAUGGCUAGGGUUUUCCAUGCUGGACAACCUGAAUUCAACAGAAGCAUCAAUUAUGAAAACAAUGUAAAAACUUGUCAUAAAUGCUUGAAGCCUGGUCAUUUGAUAUAUGAAUGUCCAAAUGACUGGGUUUGUAGAACUUGCAAAGAAAGUGGGCAUAAAAUGAUAGACUGCCCAACUGACCUUCAAAGUGAACAUAAAAAUGAUGAAAACUCAGAGGUUGAUGUUAAUGAAAGUGCUGAUGCAAAUCUACAGUCCAAUGAAGCUCAGACAAAAGAACAAAUGUCUGAAACAACUGACAAAACAUCCAACACAUCAAAACUUAAACCAUCACAAAAUAGCAGUGGAUCUAGCAAACACAGUGAUACAAAAACAGGUUCAACAAAAAAUGUGCAAAUAUCAAAUGUCAGUAACUCAGGCAAUGACAAAUCACAACAAUCAAUUGAUAAAUUUGUGAGAACUCCAAAAAAUGCAAGAAGAACCGCAGCAAGAAAUCAUACCCCACCAACACCUACUGAUAACAUUGCACCUAAGAAAUCAAAAGGGUAGACUAAUUUAUCACGUUAUAGUCAAAACAACUGUUGUAACAUAUUUCAAAAUAUUGUAUUUUAAUGAUUUACCACUGAAAUGUACUAUAAUGAACUGAACAUAUGUUUUUACACUAUUUAAAAAAACAAAAACAAAAAAUAUAUAAAUGGAAAAAAAAUCAAGCUCAAAUACAGAGUUUAAUCGAAGUAAAGAUGAAAUAUUUAAAAAUGUUGGAAUGUUAUUAAACAAGAUAUGGUAUAAAAAAGUUAAUAUGGUGUUGAAAACGCUAUUAAUAAAACUAAUAUUAUGUAUUACUAUACAAA